AUGACUCCCUCAGCGAUCGUUGAGUCCAACGAGAUGGCCACUCCUUCGACUUUUUCUUACGCACAAGCUGCGAAGGGACAGGGCGCGGCCCCCGUCUCGAAUACCAGCGCUCCUACAAACGCUGUCGCUCCUGCUCAGGACACCCAGGCGCCUGCCGCUGUCCCCGUGUCGGACCUGAAGACGGCCACGCCUGUCCCCGAGCAGGCCACCACCGCCGAGGUCUCGGAGGCCACCGAAAGCCUCGAGCCCCGUGCAGUUGCUUCCGAGAAGCAGGACCUCGAAAGCGUUCCCAGCUCUGAGAGCGAUGCCCGAUCCGAGUCCACACAAGAAAGGCGGCCCGAGUCGAGGCGUGACGACGAUGCUGGAAGGUUAGAUCGGCCAUGGCGACGAAAUGAAAAGACGCCAAGGUCAUCGAGCAACACCACCCGUUCCACCGAAGAGCAGGACUCGCGAAAGGCUCGGAGGGGCAAGAAGAGCAAGGCUGCUGAGAAGCAGCCCAGCGAGCAGGCGGCAGAUAAGGAGCAGGAAGCGGCUCCCGAGCCGCCAAAGGUUGAACUUGCCGAGGCGCCCAUCCCCAGCGUCAACAUCUGGCAUCAGCGCAAGGAAGCUCAGCUGGCAAAGGCUAAGCCCGCGCCCACUCCCGCCGAAGCUGCGGUAAAUGGCACAUCCGCCCAGAAGGACGACGAUAAGUCAGUGGCCAAGGCUGAGGAGUCUACUCCUGCUCCCUAUACAAAUGGCGUCAAGCCGCAGCAGAAGGCUGCUAGCGUCAGCCGACCCGAGCGAAACGGCCCUCGAGGUUCGCGGAUAUCAGACAAGGAAGGCAAGGCCGAAGUGCCCCCAUCUGUGCAGGAUUCAACUCACUGGCCUACCCCCGAGACCGCCAUCACUGCUAUUAAGGAGGACAAGAAGAAGACGGUCGACAAGGCAUCUGACCGAUCGGAUCGCUCCGACAAGGAUGCUCAGGAGAACGACAGCCAGGCCAAGCCCCGACAGAAGUGGGUGACUUAUGACUACGUCCCCACAGUCAGCUUUGAGACUCAGCUACCUCAAAUGCGUGGCUCCAAACCCCGUGGAGGAGCCCGAAGCGGUCGCGAUACUUCUACCCGAGCUACUACAAACGGUGUCACAGAUAAGGCAUCGUCUGCUCCUGUGAAUAAGUCCAACGACGCCAAGCCUCGAGAUGGACCCAAUGGUACUACAUCCCAACCCGCUGCGGCCAAGCGAGGCUCACUCGAUGCCGCCAACGGCCAAAAGAAGGCCUCGGCAAAUGCUGGUGCCGACAAGGCCAAGGAUUCUGCCGCUCAGUCUAGUGAUACUACUCAGACUCCUCGCGAUCGCCCUGAGGGCCGUGGUGAGAGGGGUCGAGGUGGCUACCGCGGGCGUGGUGCUCAUGGCAAUGGCCAAAGCCAGCACCAACAUUCGGCUUCGGCCACUUCAGCAUUCCACGGCCAAGGCGCUGGCGCUGGUCGAGCUCAGGGCCACUACAGCCCCCCUCUGCGACAGGGCUCGCACGGUGGUAUGUUUGCGCCGCCAACUCAGCGAGGCCGCGGAGGCCGCAACGGAGCGGGUAACUACCACCGCUUGUCUCUGCCCAACGGCAGCUCUCGCAUGCCUGCCGUGCAGGCUCAGUUCGCGGCAUACGACUACUCGAUGGCGCCGAUGGCCGGUAUGCCUUUGCAGCCUCAUCCCUACUGGGACAACAUGGUGAUGCCGAUGCUCAAGAGCCAAAUCGAGUACUACUUCUCCAUCGAGAACCUUUGCAAGGAUAUGUACCUGCGACAGCGCAUGGACUCUCAGGGCUUUGUGCCGCUGCAUUUCAUCACUGCAUUCAAGCGCAUGCGGGAUCUCUCGGCCGAUAUGAACCUCAUCCGUGCUGUAUGUGAGGAUUCGGUCGAUGUUGACUACGUUGUCGGCGAGGAUGACUGUGAGCGACUGCGUCGCCGGGAGGAUUGGCAGAAGUUUGUCCUGCCCAUGGAGGACCGAGACGAGCUGGCUCGCAAUGACGGUCCCAUGCACUUGACUUUCAAGAACCGAUCUUAUAACUAUGCCAACGGCCAUUUCAAUGGCUUCCACGGUCUGCCUUAUGGCCAGCAUGGCUACCCCGUGAACGCCCACGACCCCUCGUUCCAACACUUUGUUGACAACACACAAGCGGCACAGGGCGUCAACGGAGCUAUAAACACCAACGGCGUGAGCCAGCUCUCGGCCGAGGUGCCCGACUUUUCUCCCUCAGGCACUAUCCCUCUGGCCGGUCUCGAUGGCGAUGUCUCGCCGACAAGCAAGGCUGAGGCCUCGACACCGUUGCAAAAUGGCCAGGUCGAGGCUGCCGCACCCCUCACGAACGGCGUGCAUGCCGAGCAAGCUCAGGCGGCGCAGUCGUAA